ACACAAGGAGUGCCCCAAAAGUUAAAAGUCUGUGUUCAACAUCUCUAAACUAUAACCACUCCGCCAUUAACACGCAAAGCAAAGACCAGCUUCUCUUCCCCCUUUAUUUAUAUAUAUUCUCCUCUCUCUCUCUCACACCUGGGAAGAAAACAAAGCAAACCCUAAUUCGAACGUUGAUAAAAAGAAAAAAACAAGCGAAGAACAAAAAAUCAAGCGAAAAUCUCAACAGAAAAAUAAAGGAAAGAAGAAAGAGAACGCGAUGUCGUGUUCGGUCGCUGUAUGUAACUCCCCUGUGUUUUCUCCGUCGUCGUCUCUUUUCUGUAGCAAAACUUCGAUCAUCUCUCAGUCGCCGGAAGCGUUGAACUUGUCGUUGACUCACCUCAAGCCCUCCUCUUCUUCUCCUGCUUCUCCGUCUCCUUCCUCGCCGUCUUCGCCUUUUCGGCUUCGGCUACAAAGGCCCACGUCUGGGUCUCUUUUGUCAACGCCAUCGUCUUCUUCGGUUUCGGGUUCGACGAUAUUGAAGAGGAAGAGGCCAUCCAGGCUGGAUAUACCGGUGUCCACGACGGCUUUGUGUUUUGGGGUUCCGGCUACUCCCUGUGAAGUGGCGAGAGAGGUAGAGAGAGAAGGAGAUGGUUAUUCUGUUUAUUGUAAAAGAGGCAGGAGAGAAGCUAUGGAAGAUAGGUUUUCAGCUUCUGUUGAACUCCAAGGAGAUUCAAAGCAGGCUUUUUUUGGUGUUUUUGAUGGACAUGGAGGUGCUAAAGCUGCAGAGUUUGCAGCACAAAAGUUGGAGAAGAACAUCGUAGAUGAAGUAGUUAGAAGAGGAGACAGGAGUGGCGUAAAGGAAGCUGUUAAAGAUGGUUAUUUGAAAACAGAUGCUGAGUUUCUUAAGGAAGACGUCUCUGGCGGCACAUGUUGUGUGACAGCUUUGAUCCAGAAUGGGAACCUUAUUGUAUCCAACGCGGGUGAUUGUCGUGCUGUUAUGAGCAGAGGCGGUGUCGCUGAACCUCUUACCUCUGAUCACCGACCUUCAAGGGAGGAUGAAAAGAGCAGAAUCGAGACUUCGGGUGGCUAUGUGGACUUAUGCCGUGGUGUUUGGAGAAUUCAGGGUUCUCUUGCUGUCUCCAGAGGGAUUGGAGAUCAGCACCUUAAACAGUGGGUAAUAUCCGAGCCGGAGACAAAGAUAAUUGGCAUCAAACCUGAAUGCGAGUUCUUGAUAUUAGCUUCAGAUGGCUUAUGGGAUAAGGUUUCUAACCAAGAAGCAGUUGACAUUGCUCGUCCAUCAUGUCUAGGCAUCAAUAAAGUGAAUCCAUUGGGUGCCUGUAAAAAGCUUGUUGAGCUUUCAGUUUCACGAGGCUCGUCGGACGAUGUUAGCGUGAUGCUGGUUCAACUGGGGUGCUAUCUUUAAUUCCCUAAUUUAUAAAAGAAAAAAAAAAGUAGGCAGCCAAUUAACUCAUAGGGGAAGAUAGAAUCCUUAUACAAUAAACCAUUUAGAGAGCUACUUGGUGGAAAUUAGUAUUUAUUUUGGUAGGCAGCAGGAUUUAGUAUUUAUUGACCAUUUUUUGUGGGGAAUUUUAUACCCACGGCUGAACCAAAGACUCAGUUGUAAACUUGUUUAUAUAUUUGACAUUCAUUCUUUAACCUUAAGAGCUGUAAAUCAGGAUAUUUUCUUUUUAUGGAAGCCAUUUUCGGAUCA